AGGCGUCGACGUCGCGCAGUUCUUUGUCGUCGCUCGUGCCCUUUAUACCUACUUCCGUCCGCGAGCCACUUCCUUUUCUUUCCGGGGCGCGCGGCGGCAAGAUGGCGGUGCAAAUUUCCAAGAAGAGGAAGUUUGUCGCUGAUGGCAUCUUUAAAGCUGAACUGAAUGAGUUCCUCACUCGGGAGCUGGCUGAAGAUGGCUACUCUGGGGUUGAGGUUCGAGUUACACCAACCAGGACAGAGAUCAUUAUCUUGGCCACCAGGACGCAGAACGUUCUUGGUGAGAAGGGCCGGCGGAUCCGGGAAUUGACUGCUGUGGUUCAGAAGAGGUUUGGUUUCCCUGAGGGCAGUGUAGAGCUUUAUGCCGAAAAGGUGGCCACAAGAGGUCUGUGUGCUAUUGCCCAGGCAGAAUCUCUGCGUUACAAACUCCUAGGAGGCCUUGCUGUGCGGAGGGCCUGCUAUGGUGUGCUGCGGUUCAUCAUGGAGAGUGGGGCCAAAGGCUGUGAGGUCGUGGUAUCUGGGAAACUGCGAGGGCAGAGGGCCAAGUCCAUGAAGUUCGUGGAUGGCCUGAUGAUUCACAGUGGGGACCCUGUUAACUACUACGUUGAUACUGCUGUGCGCCAUGUUCUGCUCAGACAGGGUGUGCUGGGCAUCAAAGUGAAGAUCAUGCUUCCCUGGGACCCAAGUGGUAAGAUUGGCCCUAAGAAGCCCCUGCCGGAUCAUGUGAGCAUUGUGGAACCCAAAGACGAGAUACUGCCCACCACGCCCAUCUCGGAACAGAAGGGUGGGAAGCCAGAGCCGCCUGCUAUGCCGCAGCCGGUACCCACCGCGUAACAGGGCUGCCUGGCUCACUUUCCCUGCCUGCUUUUCCUGAAAUCCUUGAUUCAGCUGUGCUUGUGAGGCAAGAGCAAGAACAGGAGGACCCAAACAGAGCUAACCAGAGUAAUAUCCUGUAAAUCUGGUGAAAGCAAAGGCUGAUUGCUCACAGGACAGCACCUUGAGAAGGGCUGAGGGUGAGGUGGUUUUGAGUAGACAAACUGGUGUUGGGAGGCCUCAGUACUGCACACGUGUAAAGUGAGAUUUGAGUGCCUUGAAUAAAUGAUUUCUGUGCCCACCCCUAUAUCUAAUGCAAUACAGGCAGCUAUCAUAAGGUUUUAUUUAUCCCUUCUGGAUAAAACGAAUGGCAUUUUGCAAUUUCACUGAAAAAUGCUUGAGCUAGACUGCUUAAUUCUUGUAUUUCUGGACUUCUGUAGUUCUGUUGUGAAAGUAGCUCAGCUAGUCUGAGCAUCCAGAAUACUGGGUGCUGGAAACCGGUUAAGGCAGCCCUGGUCAUGUGAGACCUCAGUGUCUGGUACUAGGACAGCCAGUCAGGUCUUUGUGCAUCAGAUUAUGUGAUUGUUUAAAUUCCUUCCUUUCGGUCUACUUAGAACUGGAAGUUGGUGUGUUGGGAUUCAGAAGUGCUGUUAAUGUCCCACCAGAGGGUGCUGUAGCAGGAACUAGGCACCAAAGUAGUAGCUUGGGAAAGGAAAGUAAAACUCACUGAAUUUGCGUGCACCUGUGGGAAACUAUGCAAAUUAGUGUGCACGUGUAAAGUUUGAGUUACCAAACGUGAGGAUUCCUGGAUAGCCAUUAUCGGGUAAAGAAAAGGAGAGGCUUUGGGGUAUUUCUUUUAGCCAUUUCAAAAAACGACAUGAAAUAAAUGCAGAGCUUAGGUAAGCACUAACGACAGCCCCAUGAAGAAAUGCAGGUUACCCUAAACGAUGUUACCACCACCCCUGGACUUCAAGUGAGUUUUUCCACUGCCUCCUUUCCUUGUGUCCGUCCCUUUGAAGUUCAAAGUUCCAGGUGUGGAUAUCUGGCUGACUAGUCCUGUGUCCAGUCCAGCUGCCUGAGGUGGGGAGAAAGAUAGCUAGCCCCUUUGAUUUCCAUAGUAGAGGUGGGGCCCAGACUUGCACAGUGCUCUUCCCCCUCCCCCCAGUAGGCAAGGUUUUGAUCCUGGGUAGCCAAAACUUGUGGAAUGGCCCUUGGAACCCACUGAUGGAAAUCUGGCUGAUGGCAACAUGGAAGCAAAUGCGAUCCUUUCGUGGACUUCACCAGAAGGUUACUGUCAAGCUCUAAAGAGUUCUAGUCAUUAGGAUUCCUGGCACCGGGACGGGCUUCAAGCAGGAACUGGUAGAUUAGCUUGUCCAUCAGACAAGGAAAGAAUAGCUGCUGGAAUGUGAGAACUUGGAAAUAGGCCCAGGGGCCUAGCAAGGGCCCAGGACCAAUGGAUAGCAUUGUUAAUGGAGAACCAGGAGAAGUACAGAAACUGGUGGCAUCAGAGGACAAUGGGUAGAAGGUGUCUUGGGGUGUGGGGAUCUGCCUCCAGACAGAAUCUUUCCUCUGGAGCCCACAGCAGGGUGAUAAUGGGGUCAGCCAACCCUCUAACUGGGAAAUAAGGCAAAGGCUAUGGCAAUGUUCAAGCCUGGUGGGGUGGAGGAUACCUUUCUCUGUAGAGUGCUUUUUUUUUUUUAUUAUUUUAGGUAUUUAUUUAUUUGAGAUAGAGAGUACAAGUGGGGAGGAAAGGGAGAAGCAGGCUCCCCACAGAGCAGGGAGCCCGAUGCGGGACUCGAUCCCAGGAUCCUGGGAUCAUGACCUGAGCCGAAGGCAAACGCUUAACCGACUGAGCCACCCAGGCACCCGGCAGAGUGCUUUAAAAAGGAGACUUGAGAGGUGGUGGGGAUAAGCUAGGCUUUGCAGUCAGACCCGGGUUCAAACGUGACAGCAGCACUGAUCUACCGAGGUUGAAUCUUUCUGAUCCUCAGUAUCUCAAGGGGCUGUUGGGAGUUAAAGAAGACUAUUAAUACCUGUCUGUAGUGUUUAUCAUCAGGUAUAUUAUCUCUCAGGACAAAGGCUAAGAGCCCAGGCCUUCCAGCCAGACUCUGGAUUCAAAACCAGUUUCACAACUUAGCAGUAUGAGCAUGGGGGCAUCAAACAUCUCUGAGCCUCUGCUCAUCUGCCUCUGAUUUCAUAGCACAGUGCCUGACCCAUAGGGAGUCCUCAGUGAAUGUUAGAUGUUACUAUUGAGUACUUCAGCAUAUCUUCUUGGAAAUCAAUAGCUUAACUUGAUGGUAUUGGAUUCUCCCCACCCUAACCAUAAGGGCUCUGACCACAGAAACCGUGCUUUCUGCUUCUGUUGUGAAGUGGGCAUCUCUGGUCAGGUCUCACUACCCCAUUUUACAGGUGGUGAAUUUGGGCUCUUAGCCAUGCCAUGUUCCACCUUCAACAGUGAAUGUUUUUGAGCUCCAGUGUUGGCUGUGUGUAAGUGUAGCUGCUUCAUGUUAGGGCUUGCCAACACCAGGGCAGGAAAGCAUUCAAGUAUCUGAGAGUCAACAUUUUUCAACAUCAAAAGAUAGUUGUUCUUACUAUUUUUUCUUCCUCAGGAACAUGAGAUUUUGAUGUUACUUUAUGAAAUAAACCACUUCCCUAUUUGUUAAUUGAUCGAAACUACGCGUGUAACUUGGUAAGCAACAUGACCUUGGUGAGAAGAUCAUUGUUACAUGCCCCGAGCUUAUUGUAAACACUUCAUUAAUCUUCCCAACAUCCCUGUAAUGGGCCAGUUCCAUUACCAGCUUCAUUUUAUAGCAACUUUAACCCACAUCAUACAUCUUAGCAGAAUGUGCGAUUUCUCCUAGGCUUUGGAAAAUAUUUAGAAUAUCUCACAGUCCCUACUUCUGGUUUGAGAACAAAUGUCAUGGAUAGGUUGGGAACAACUUACCUGAUUCUAAACCCUCAUUUUUACAAGUAAGAGUCCCAGUGGCUCUGAAAUUCAAAUGAGACCACGCCUCUGCUGCCCAGUCCUGCGUUGUACUAGCAGCCCAGCCAGUCAGGUGCAGCUGGGCCUUUGUCCACUGAUGGAGUGCUGCUGCGAUGGGUUCAUCCCCCGCCUUCACCUUCAGUGGCUGGCCAGGGACUGCCCCCAUGAUCAGCCUGCUCCCACCAGUCCUUUGUGUGGUGAGCCAGAGGAGCUGGACCCUUUGAAUCCCAAAUUGCUGAGAGAGGAUAGGGCUCCCCCGGCCUUUAAGAAUAUUUUUGCUUUUUAGAGGGAGGAGAGGGAGAGCAUAGACCCAGUAAUAGGGCAGCUUUUCCCUUCAGGGAUGGGAGACCAGAGGUGAUGGAUCUUUACUCACUGGUUUUCCCCCAAUACAACAGGAAAAGUAGCCAUAGCUAUUUACCAUCUGGGUCCAAUAGACACCCUACCUUUUAUAUCUUAAGUCACUUUAAUUUACAGAAGUAAAAGGGAAAGUGGAAAAUGUUUCAUUUUAUAAAUUUUACAAGUAUUCAAACAAGUAUUUAAAAAUACUAAAAUUUGGGGGCGCCUGGGUGGCUCAGAUGGUUAAACGUCUGCCUUCGGCUCAGGUCAUGAUCCCGGGGUCCUGGGAUCAAGUCCCACAUCGGGCUCCCUGCUCCUUGGGAGCCUGCUUCUCCCUCUGCCUCUCUCUCUCUCUCUCUCUGUCUCAUGAAUAAAUAAAUAAAAUCUUUAAAAAAAAAAAUACUAAAAUUUGGGGGCACUUGGGUGGCUCAGUCAGUUAAGCUACUGCCUUUGGCUCAUGUCAUGAUUCUAGGGUCCUAGGAUGGAGUCCCGCAUGGGGCUCCCUGCUCAGCAGGGAGCCUGCUUCUCCCUCUCCUGCUCCCCCUGCUUGUGUGCUCGCUUGCUUGCUCUCUGUCAAAUAAAAUCUUAAAAAAAAAAUACUAAAAUUUUAGCAAGCAGUAACAGCACCAUUCUGAAUAUACUAAAAAACAUUGAAUUAAUACCCUUCAAAUGGGGGUUUAUGGGUUGUGAAUUACAUCUCAAUAAAACUGUCACAUAUUCACGAAAAUAGGUACUUACAUACGUGUGUGUGUGUGUGUGUGUGUGUAUGAAUUAAAACAGCAAUUUCUUAAUUUUCCUUGCCUGGAAAUACCCAAAAAGAGUACCAUCCCUUGAAUGCAGUUAAAUGCUCAUCAGCCACCAUGUGUGCAGCUGGAAUGUAUUCAUCUUAUAACUACUGAUCCCAGAUUUCAGAUAUAUCUAGUAGGCUCUAGCUUACUGCUUCUGGGGUUUUGGUUUUGUUUAGUUUUGCACUUGCAUUGUCAACAAUGAAUACUUAAAAAAUUUUUGAUGGCUCAUGAUGUUGAAGAGAGGACAGUCAUUUUCUUUGCUCCAUAGUUUUAAAACAUUUUUGAUUUUGGAUUUAUAAAGAUCAAUUUGAAAGACCAAUCUAAUGAGUUUUAAAAAUACCUAUAGCAUCUGUUUCCCUAUGGUCACCUGAGUACCCAACUGCUUCAGCAUGUCUCCACUUAUGAACUGUAACAAACAUAUCAAGUAAAUUUUGGGGCAUAGGCAUCAUAAAAGAUGAAUACUGGACAAAAUAGGGUGGUAUGGGUCUUUGUCAAAAAACAUUGUGUGAUGAAAUCCUCCCUGUUGAAUGAUUUAAAAUGCCAUAUUUCCUGUCUGUUUUUAGAAAUAUGUUGUGUACUCACCAAUUCUUGAGUUUAAGAAACAUUGAUGUAGGAAAGAUUUGUUUAUAUGACCAAUUUCCCCAUCCUCAGACUAGAGUGCUACCGUGUGUCUCUGCAUUCAUUUUCUGAUUUGUCUGUAUUAAGUGUGAAAGAUCCUCUGUCCGCUUUCUUCUCUUGUGUCAUUUUGGGUGGAAAAUGAAAAAUCCUGAAUUCUCA